GCUCCCCCUCCCUGCCCUCUGCCUCCCGGGCUCCGGCUGCAGCGUCAGCCUCGGGCGGGCCUCCCCUGCGGCGGCGGCGGCUCCCCGGCCUCAGCCCCGGCACCUCUCGGCGCCCCUCGGCCCCGGCCCGCAGCGACGCCCGCCCUCGCCGCCCGCCUAGGCCGCCGCCGCAGCCCCGGGCUCACGUCGGCGCCGCCCGCUCCCGGCCCGCCCCCUAUGGGCCCCGGUUAGAGGUCCCGCCGCCGCCGGCCCGCGGAGCCCCGAUGCUGGCCCGGAGGAAGCCGGUGCUGCCGGCGCUCACUAUCAACCCCGCCAUCGCCGAGGGCCCGUCCCCCACCAGCGAGGGCGCCUCCGAAGCGAACCUGGUGGACCUCCAGAAGAAGCUAGCAGAGCUUGAACUCGAUGAGCAGCAGAAGAAGCGGCUGGAAGCCUUCCUCACCCAGAAGGCCAAGGUCGGAGAGCUCAAGGACGAUGACUUCGAAAGGAUCUCAGAGCUGGGGGCCGGGAAUGGCGGGGUGGUCACCAAGGUCCAGCACAGACCUUCUGGCCUCAUCAUGGCGAGAAAGCUGAUCCACCUGGAAAUCAAGCCGGCCAUCCGCAACCAGAUCAUCCGCGAGCUGCAGGUGCUGCACGAGUGUAACUCGCCCUACAUCGUGGGUUUCUACGGGGCCUUCUACAGCGACGGCGAGAUCAGCAUCUGCAUGGAGCACAUGGACGGCGGCUCUCUGGACCAGGUGUUGAAAGAAGCCAAGAGAAUUCCCGAGGAGAUCCUGGGGAAGGUCAGCAUCGCGGUCCUCCGGGGUUUGGCGUAUCUCCGGGAAAAGCACCAGAUCAUGCACCGAGAUGUGAAACCGUCCAACAUCCUCGUCAACUCCCGAGGGGAGAUCAAGCUGUGCGAUUUCGGGGUUAGCGGCCAGCUCAUCGACUCCAUGGCCAACUCCUUCGUGGGAACUCGGUCCUACAUGUCUCCGGAGCGGUUGCAAGGCACGCACUACUCGGUGCAGUCGGACAUCUGGAGCAUGGGCCUGUCCCUGGUGGAGCUGUCCAUCGGAAGGUACCCCAUCCCCCCGCCGGAUGCCAAGGAGCUAGAGGCCAUAUUCGGCCGGCCCGUGGUUGACGGGGCAGAAGGAGAGCCUCACAGCAUCUCACCACGGCCGAGACCCCCUGGACGCCCCAUCAGUGGCCACGGGACGGACAGCCGGCCGGCCAUGGCCAUCUUCGAGCUGCUCGACUAUAUUGUGAAUGAGCCACCUCCCAAGCUGCCCAGCGGUGUCUUCACCCAGGACUUCCAGGAGUUUGUAAAUAAAUGCCUAAUUAAGAACCCAGCGGAGCGAGCAGAUCUCAAGAUGCUCAUGAACCACACCUUCAUCAAGCGCUCCGAGGUGGAAGAAGUGGACUUCGCCGGCUGGCUGUGUCGGACGCUGCGGCUGAACCAGCCCAGCACGCCCACGCGCACGGCCGUGUGACGGGGUCCCGCUCGCGCCCCGGCCUCCCCCGCCCGCCACCUGUCCCUGCUCCCAGCAUCUUCUCAGACCUGCUUCCUUAGGUUCAAAACAAAACAGGGAAAGAAAACGCAAACUGUG